CGGUUUUUGAGCUUAGCUCCCUGUUGCCAGUCAACCAUGAGCUGUCAGAUUCGUCAGAAUUACUCCGCCGAGGUGGAGGCCUCCGUCAACAGCCUGGUCAACAUGUAUCUGCGGGCCUCCAACACCUACCUCUCCCUGGGCUUCUAUUUCGACUGCAGCGAUGUGGCUCUGGAGGGCUUGGGCCGCUUCUUCCGCGAGUUAGCCCAGAAGAAGCUCGAGGGCGCCCAGGAGCUCUUGAUGUUGCAAAAGCAGCGCAGCGGCAGCUCCCUCUUCCAGGACGUGCAGAAGCCGUCCCAUGACAAGUGGGGCAAAGCCCUGGACGCCAUGGAAACUGCUGUGGUCCUCGAGAAGAACCUGAACGAGGCCCUUUUGGAUCUGCAUGACCUGGCUUCUACCCACGCAGACGCCCAUCUCUGUGACUUCCUGGAGAGCCACUUCCUGGGCGAGGAGGUGAAAACCAUCAAGAAGAUGGGCGGCCACCUGACUAACCUCCGCAGGCUGUGCUGCCCCCAGGCCGGGCUGGGCGAGUAUCUCUUCGAAAGGCUCACCCUCCAGCGUGACUGCCAGCCUCUGGAGCCCAGCGGCCUUUGAGGGGCUCCUCUGGCAUCCCCUUAGUGCCGGGGCUUCUGUCUGGGUUUGUCCGAGCAGCCGCCAGGCAGCUCUUUAACCAC